UGUGGCGCAGUUGGAGCCGUUCGGAUCUCAAGAGUCGUUGUGUUGUCGGCGUGGUGUGCGCGCUUCGCGAGCAAAAAUGCAGAUUUUUGUGAAGACUUUGACAGGGAAGACCAUCACCUUGGAGGUUGAGCCCAGUGACACCAUUGAGAAUGUGAAGGCCAAGAUUCAGGACAAGGAGGGCAUCCCCCCGGAUCAGCAGAGGCUGAUCUUUGCUGGCAAGCAGCUCGAAGAUGGACGCACCCUGUCUGACUACAACAUCCAGAAAGAGUCCACCCUCCACCUGGUGCUGCGCCUGAGGGGUGGCAUGCAGAUCUUCGUGAAGACCCUGACCGGCAAGACCAUCACCCUGGAAGUUGAGCCCAGUGACACCAUUGAGCAGAGGCUGAUCUUCGCUGGCAAGCAGCUGGAAGACGGACGCACCCUGUCUGACUACAACAUCCAGAAGGAAUCCACCCUGCACCUGGUGCUGCGCCUGAGGGGUGGUAACUGA